ACUGUUGAGUGUAUACUCGACCAAGCAGCGGAGGCCCGGACCGUAACGCCGUUACUCGGUCCUGUCAACGGAUGACAGCGAUCGACGUGCCAUGCGGUUCAUCCUUCGUGUUCGGGCUUCGGGACCGAUCGGUCUCUUUCUUGAUCCAGCCGCUGCCGAGACAGGACGCGUUAGACGAGCGAAGUUUUAGCGUGUGUGUGUGUGUGCGUGUGUAAUAAGUGUAAUAAGUGUAAUGUAAUAAAUAAGUUUUAAUUUGUUGUAAACCGCAAUCGUCCGCGUACCGGCAUCAUUGUCUCCCCCGAUAUCACCAACAUAAAAGUGGCGACGAGGAAAUUUGGUAAAAAAAAGUGAUACACACGCAGAGCAACAAUUCCUUCCUCACGCAAACGCCGUCGUACGGACUCAUCGAUGGAGGAAGAGCAGCGCCGUCUCUCGCAGCAGUUCGAAACCCCGGGUACUGCGUUACUACAACCCGGAUACGGCCAACCGCUCCCGCCAAACGCUCCAGCGGUCGAGCAGCAGGGAUCUCAAGCGUCCUCGGUACAUUUUUCGCCAUCGCUAUCAUCAGCGCCCACAAGCCUUCAUCCGCCAUCGCUCGCUCCAGCCGCUUCGAUGCAGCACCCGCCAUCGCUACCAGGCGUGUCACAAAACGGUGAGCCAACAAUGUAUCAAAUAAUGCAGCUUCUACGCCAAUUAAUGACAAAAAUUGAGCAACAGCCACCAGCAUCACUGCCCACAAACGCAUCGCAGCAGCAGCUACCAGUAGUGCAUCCGCCAAGUGCAUCACAGCAGCAACCACUAGUAUCGGAAAUCGCGUCGCAACCGCAGCAGCAGCAUCGGUCAGCUCCAGCCAAUCCGGAGCAAAUCCUGGACUCGCUGGCGAGAAACAUCACCGAAUUCCGCUUCGAGGCUGAAGCCGGUCUAACGUUCGAGGCGUGGUACUCGCGCUACGAGGAUCUGUUCGUCAGUGAUGCAGCCAGGAUUGACGAUGCGGCCAAGGUACGAAUGCUUAUGCGGAAGCUAGGAUCAAUGGAGCAUGAGAGUAGCCGCAGACGCCUCAUCGGUUGGGCUCGGAGCCACCAUUAGCCACAAGUUUCCGGAUGGAUCAAUAAAGGUGGUGCAGCACGCGUCACGGGCUCUAACGAAAGCAGAAGAGGGGUACAGCCAGAUGGACCGCGAAGGACUGGCUAUCAUCUUUGCAGUAACCCGAUUCCACAAGAUGCUUUAUGGCAGGCAUUUCCGCCUCCAAACCGACCACAAGCCAUUGCUGCGCAUCUUUGGAUCAAAAAAGGGAAUUCCUGUGUAUACUGCCAACCGGCUGCAGCGGUUCGCUCUAGCGCUGCAGCUAUACGACUUCGAAAUCGAGUACAUACCCACGGAUAAAUUCGGCAAUGCAGACCUGCUGUCGCGGCUCAUCAGCAAGCACGCGAAACCGGAGCAGGAGUACAUGAUCGCGAGUAUUGAGCUUGAGGAGGCUGUAAAUCACGUAGCCAUACAUUCGCUAAAAGUCUUUCCGAUUCAUUUUAGAGAAGUUGCAGCAGCUACGAAAAAGGACCCUCUACUGCGCGAAGUGUACCGCUACGUCCAAUCGGGUUGGCCAGGCAAGGUCAGUUAUGGUGCGGAAUUGGCCCAAUUCCACAACAGAAGGGAAGCACUGACGACCGUUGGCGACUGUAUCCUCUUCGGAGAGAGGAUUGUGAUUCCCGCAGCUUUGCAGCAGAGAUGCCUUAGACAGCUUCAUCAAGGGCAUCCGGGCAUCCAGCGAAUGAAGGCGAUUGCACGCAGUUUCGUGUAUUGGCCAUCAUUGGACAGCGACAUCGCCGAUCGAGUUGCUUCAUGCGAAGCAUGCCAGGCUGCGGCGAAAUCACCACCAUCCCAGAUACCAUCAUGUUGGCCGAAGCCACCUGGGCCUUGGCACCGCGUACACAUCGAUUACGCUGGACCUGUGGAGGGAGCCUAUUUCCUGAUUGCGGUAGAUGCCUACUCCAAGUGGCCGGAAAUCAUUAAAACUUCCAACGGCCAGGCAGAGCGAUUUGUGGAUACCUUCAAGCGAUCACUGAAGAAAAUACGGGCGAGGAACGUGUCCCUUGAAGAGGCCCUGGACUUGUUUCUUCUCACGUAUCGCUCAACACCAAAUCCUGCUUUGGACCAGCGCACACCAGCCGAAGUGAUGUUUGGAAGAACGACCAGGACAAUUCAUCAUCUAUUGCGCCCUCCUGCAGCAUCGGAGUCUACAGCGAAGGAUGACUUUCGUGAAUACCAGCCUGGUGAUUUAGUGUAUGCCAAGGUGUAUCGGGCAAACUCUUGGAAUUGGAUAGCAGGGAGGAUUGCUCGCAGAAUUGGCAACGUCAUGUACGAGGUUGUGUCGCACGACCAGAGAAGACUUCGGCGUCAUGUGAAUCAGCUCCGCCGCCGUGUCGCUAGCUCAUCAGAACGGAACGAGAUGGAUCAGCACCAAUUUCCCCUUAGUUUACUUUUAGAUGAGAUGAGUUUGACGUCUCGUCAGCAGUCGCCGUCCGCUUCGCUGCCAACGGAGCCAGCCUCAUCUUCAGCAGCACCGGCGCUGACAGGGGUUCAGCGAGCACCGGCAUCAUCGCCAGCAUCAUCCGUGCAACCGGAGGUACAACGAGCGGCUUCGUCUAGUGGCAGCAGCAACACCCAGCAGACACAGCUACCACGACGAUCUUCUAGGACUAGAAGACUGCCUCGUAGGUUCAGCGCGUAUCGGCUGAAUUAAAAGGGGGAGGUGUUGAGUGUAUACUCGACCAAGCAGCGGAGGCCCGGACCGUAACGCCGUUACUCGGUCCUGUCAACGGAUGACAGCGAUCGACGUGCCAUGCGGUUCAUCCUUCGUGUUCGGGCUUCGGGACCGAUCGGUCUCUUUCUUGAUCCAGCCGCUGCCGAGACAGGACGCGUUAGACGAGCGAAGUUUUAGCGUGUGUGUGUGUGUGCGUGUGUAAUAAGUGUAAUAAGUGUAAUGUAAUAAAUAAGUUUUAAUUUGUUGUAAACCGCAA